UAUUAAUUCAUUUCUCUUGUUUAUUUUAUUUCCUUAUGAUACUGAUGUGUAGUAAAGAAAUCAAAGCAUUGAGAAGCCAUAUAGUUGUGGAUGAAAUUAAAUGGACAAUAGAGAUAAUUCAAUAAAGUAGAAACGUUCUCUCCAGGCUAUUUGAAUAUAAAUGGCGUUAGUGCUGUUUUGUUUUAUUUUCCUAUUGAAAAGUUCAUGGAUUUUAUAUAUUGAUGCUAAAAAUGGUGCGGAUUAUGCGGAUGACAAAACUUAUUUACAAGAAAUAAGAAAAGGAAGAUGCAUGGCAAGUUGUUAUGACCAGUAUGGGAAAAGGCAUAAUGAAAGUGUUCAAGACGAGCUGUACCAUGUUUACCAAGCCAGUGAUUGCAGUAAUAUUGAAUGUAAAACGUGCAUGGUUCCAUGUGGAAAUGUAACAAACAUUGAACAAGGAAAAACCUGUAAAGAAAUAUGUUUGCGGCAUGGGAUCAUCUGUAUGAGUAGUUGUGAAGUUUUGAUGACAAACUGGAAUUCUUCAGGGAUUACUAGUGUAACUAGUGGUGUACAUAUAGAAUCUGUAAGAGUGACCUGUCAGCAUAUUGCAACCAAAGGCACAGUGACAGUGUUUCUAAAUUGGAACGUUGCUCCAAAAUAUGCCAGGAACAUAGUGUUUAUUGUUUCUUUAAUCCGUGGAAAGUCUUCUAAGACGUGGAAAACUCUCGGCCAGAUAAACCGGGCAGUUGUUCCUAUCCAUGGCCUGACAUUCGAAACUGAUUACAUGUUUAAAGUGACGGUCGUUAGUAAAGAAGGCGUCAUUGAACCACCAAAAGAUUCUGGCUGGAUCACGACAAUGAAAGCAACGGACACUUUAAACAGACCAUCAGAGGCCAAGAUUGACGGACAAAAAGUCCAUAAUGGCUUGGUUAGUGUUUUAUUGAAAUGGAAUUCUGGGACAGACCCUCCAUGUUACUACAGACUUCAUUGGAUGACAAAUAAUCCACUGUACUCCGAUUACAGUAGAGAUGAACUUAUGGCGCCACCAAUUUCAAAGUACUGGAUUAAUAAUUUGCAUUUUGGAAGUAAUUAUACCUUACAUAUGAGUAGUUAUUCGAAUUCAGACUUCAACACCGGAAGUGCGGAGAUAGUAGUUUGGUUUAUUACGGCGGAAUGCUUGGAUGCUACAAACUAUGAUUAUUAUGUGUGUGCUCCAGGCAAACCCAGAAACGUCACCGGUGAUGUCAUCUUAAAACCAGAUAAUACAUCAAUAUGUUCUGUCAAUAUUUCAUGGACACCACCUUAUCAUAUGGAAUCUAGUCCCGAACUGUUCUCCUAUCUAAUUAGAUUGUAUAAAGUUAUCCCAAUAUACCUUAGCCAAUACAUUGAACCACACCAAGAAGCAAUACAAAUCAGUGGGGAUAGAAACUGGGUUGAAAUUAAUGAUAUCCAAUGGGAUUACAACUAUAGUAUCAAUGUGCAGGCAUUAUCUACCAAAGGUCAAAGUAAACCAGUAACACUACUAGUAACCAAUGAAGGUUGUCAGCAGUCUGUAGCAUUGGAAUCUACGCCAACAGCAGAUGAUAAAUCUAAUUUGAAUUUAAUAUUUGGGGGAUCAGCUGGUAUAUUGGUCAUUAUGAUUGCCUUGUCAAUAAGUAUUCUACAUCGAAUUAAACUACAUAGAAACAAAGAAUGUAGCACUAACGAAGCAAGAGGGGAGGAACUGAAUCCUUUAUACUGUCAUGGUACUGACUACAUAACGCAUCUCCAAGAAGAUAACAGUUCUGAAAUUGAAUUUUCUUCUUUGACGUUACUGGAUGUGUUGGGAGAAGGUGCGUUCGGAAAAGUAUAUAAGGCAAAACUGAACGACAAUAAGCUUUCUAAAGAGAAAGAUUUAAUAGUAGCAGUCAAAAUGCUUAAAGAUUUUCAUGAUGCCCACGAAAAGAAGAGCUUACUAAUGGAGAUAGAAUUUAUGAAGCAGUUAGGAAGUCAUCCGCAUAUAGUUAGUUUUAUUGGAUGUUGUAAAAGAGACACUGUUUGUUUAUUGAUGGACUACUGUAGACUAGGAGAUUUACGUUCAUUUUUAUUACACUAUCGUCAGCGUUUACAGAAGGAUUACAGAACUCUGCGACAUUCCUCUGGCAGUGAUAGUGGCAUGAACUCAUCAGUAGAAAGCUCUUUUUCAUCACAGCCAUCAACAGAAUUACACCAAGAUCGUUUAUUAUCGUAUGCCAGACAGAUUGUACUAGCAAUGGAAUAUAUGGCAUCUAAGAAAUUCAUUCACAGAGAUUUAGCUGCACGAAAUAUACUAAUGUAUGAUGAAGAGAGACUAAAAGUGUCUGAUUUUGGUCUGACACGAGAUAUUUACGAAAGAAAUCUUUAUCAACCUACCUCAGCAAGGAAACUCCCAUACAAAUGGAUGGCACUGGAAGCCAUAUUUGACCAAGUGUUUACAAUCAAAUCAGAUAUUUGGUCGUUUGGUAUAGUUUUAUGGGAGAUUGUUACUUUAGGAGGAAGUCCAUAUCCAGGAAUUCCAAACAAAGACUUGUUUAAUUUGCUCAAGGAAGGAUAUCGUAUGGAGAAACCAGAAAAUUGCAGUUUGGAAGUAUAUCAAAUGAUGUUAUCGGUGUGGCAUCCUAAUCCAUAUUGCAGACCAUCAUUUACAGAAUUAAAAAAGAAGUUAGAAGUAAUGUUAGAACAGACGAAACCAUAUAUAAACUUGUCUGUGUCUAUAUCCAAAGAUUAUUAUGAAUCGUCCUCGCUAAGUGACCAUUCAGACCGAGGUACAUUACAUCCCAACGACAAUACAACGUAUGUUGAAAUGUCAACUAAAGAUAGUAUACUGACUUACGAGACACCUCUUAAUGGAUGAACAAAGAAACUAACUUUUCACGAAAAUGAAUUAGAUUGAUAACAUUUAUUAUAAAAAUACAUUUGUAAAUUUCCCAUUUUUUGUAUUUUCACGGUACCUUAAGCAAUUCACAUAAUUUUCUUAUAAAAUUGAUGACCAAAUAUACGGUUUUACUAACAAAACUGUAAGUAAACUGUAGUUAACUAAAACAAAUCGUUUAUCAUGAAGUUUAUUGUUAGUUUACUGGAGUUAACUGAGAAAUUUGACAUGGUUUCUAGUAUAUAUGAGUCCGUGCAAUAGCAUGAUAAAUUCUAGCGUGCUGCUUUGCGGGACAACGUUUCUUUGUAAAAUAGAAAAAAAGUACUUAACUGAAUUUCGACAUUUUUGUUCAUGGCCGAACUGUGCAAAAAUAUUUCACUGAUUUGAUUUAUUACAAACAUAAUAAGACCUGUGCAAGUUGCAAAUUCAAAUUAUAUGUUUUUAUAAAUAGAAUCUAAAAAUGCUACAAUACAGAUGGGAACGGUGAUGACAGUUUGUUGUCGUUUUUGUUUCUAGUUGGAUUAGUUAUAUAUACAUUAUGUCUGUUUUAUUACUGUUAAAUAUGAGGGAACGCGGUAUAUUCCAUAACGAGAAUCAAUUAAGUUAUUGUCAUGGAAUAAACACACCAGAAGAUGUU